AUGCAAGAGAAGGCGACGGAGGUGUCAGUGUGGGUGGCUGACGUACCCGACUUCUACGGGUUUUUUCUUUACGCAAGGACCAAGAGUGGAGAGCCCUUCUGGUCAGGCCACAAGAUCUUCCCCGAGGCGCUCGAGUUUGAUCCGCAGAAUCCGUUGCACAAGGAGUUUCUGAUUGCCGUCACCAACCUCUACGCAUGCGUCUUCAAGGUGCACCCGACCAAGUACCCGAGCGAGGAGAACAAGCUCCACAUCAAGCGGCCUCCUGGCAGCUGUCCUUCUGCUUCUUCUGAGCAGGGCGGCUACUCCUACGUCAACGCCAGCCCCGAUGGCCGCCUGCUGGUGGCUGAGUCGUUUAUGUGGGACAUGCACAGGCUGACAUGCAAGCAGCGCAUGCCCGUCACAGCAACCGACAUGGUGUGGACCAAGGACGGCAGGCGCCCUAACCUCAUCUGCCCCUCUUAUUCCCGCGUGUACAUCUGCGGCCUCGGUGUCCGGGAGGCUGAACGCACAGUCAUCUUCGAGGAUCCUUUCCUUGGCGCUGAGCUUGCAUGCGCAGCCGCGCCCGAUGGCACUCCGUGGGUCAUCGAGAGGUGGCAGAAGCUUGGUCAGCCAUCGACCUUGCUUGCAGAGUGGAGGGCUGAUGUUGUCGGUAAUGGCGAGGAGACGAUACAAGACGUGGGCGGAGAAGCAGCGAGAGGGGAAGUAGAGGCGGAACCGGCGAGCAAGGAGCGUAAGCGUACUGGCGUGGAUGCGUUGCGUGUCACCCCUGAUGGCCGCUUCCUGGUGACUGCGUCCACCUCCACCGACUUGCGCGUGUGGGAUCUCAGCACCCUCACACCCACACGAUCAGCAACAACACAACAUGAAGGGACAGCAGCAGUGGCGCCAACAACGACAAUAGCAGCAACAACAACGACACGCCCGUUUGUAUUUGUCGUGCGACCGUUUGCGGACCGCAGCCAAAAGUUUGUCUGCGCGUGCAGAAACACACUGCACGUCUACGUCAUUGAACACCGGAAGCAUGACGACCACCAGCAGGAUCACCAGCAACAACAGCAGCGGCAGCAGCAACAGCAGCAGCACGUAAACGGCAGCAGUAGUGGUGUGAGCAGUGCGCUGACGCGUGUGGCGGUGUUGGAUGGCUUGUUUGUGGACGAGGUAGAGCCAAACGCCAACAUGACCGUCACUACCAUGGCCACGCACCCAACUGAUGACAGCCUGCUGGCGAUUGGCACUGCGCGAGGUGACGUGUUUGUGUGUGACGUCGCCAACCGCAAGGUCCUCAGCAAGCUCAAGGUGAGCAGAAACGUUCCGGUCAAGUACAGCGUCUUUGCCCGUCACAGCAGCGUGCUGUUCGUCAACUCUGUUGAGAGCGUGAUCAAGUGCGACUACAGCACCGGACAGCACAGUACCAUACUGCAUCGCAAUGACAGAGCAGAUGACAUGGUCAUGUGCGACCACCAGCACCUGCUCACUGUUUCAAGCAGCGUUUCGCGAGGCAGGGUUGCCCUGUGGGCGCUGGGACCGACCCUGAAUCGCGCCAUGAUCCCCACAGAGCAGUUUGACCUGUGCCAUUUCCGCCCAACAACAGACCCCAGAUGCCGCCCCUACGCCAUUGUGCCCAUUGUUGUUCCACCAGCAACACCUCCCGCAGAUGCGCACAAACUCGAUGACUACAUAUCACUGCAUUGCCGUACCUGA